CGACCAGGAACCUGAACAACUGUCAGUAGAAGUGAGAGUCCUCCUCUCCUGCCCAGGGCCUCGUUUCUGACAACUGUCAGUAGAGUCCUUCUCUCUCCAGGGCCGCUGACUAACUGCAGUAGGUCAUCCUCUCCUACAGGGCCUCUGACUAAAUGUCAGAGAGUCCUCCUCUCCCUCCAGGGGCCUCGGACUAACUGUCAGUAGAGUCCUCUCCUCCGAGGCUCUGACCUUAAAUGUACAGUAGAGUCCUCCCUCCCGACAGGAAACUGAAAACUGGUCAGUAGAGUCCUCCCUCCUCAAGGGCCUCCUGACUAACUGCUCAGUAGCGUACCUCUCUCCCGGGCCUUGACUAACGUCAGUAGAGUCCUCCUCUCUCCAGGCCUUGGACUAACGGUCAGUAAGUCCUCUCCGCUUGGACAGGGGCCUCUGACUAAACUGUCAGUAGCAGUCCUCUUCUCCUCCAGGUCCGGCUAACUGUCAGUAGAGUGCCUCUCAUACAGGGGCCUCACUAACUGUCAGUGAGUCCUCCCUCAGGCCUCCUGAAUAACUGUCAGCUAGCGUCCUCCUCUUGGGAACCAGGGCCUCUGCAUAACUGUCAGAGAGUCCUCUAUCCUCAGGAGCGCUUGACUAACGGUCAGUUGAGCCUCCUCUCUCAGGGCAUCUGGACUAAGUCAAGUAGAGUCCCUGAGACCAGGACCCUGCCUAAAUGUCAUUAGAGUCCUCUCUCAUCCAGGGCCUCUGACAAAGUCAGUUAGGUCCUUCCUCUCCUCAAGGGCCUUGAAUAAUGUGCAGUAGAGUCCUCCUUGGCAAGGGUCUCGGACUAACGUUCCGUAGAGUCCUCCUCUCCUCCAGGGCCUCUGACUAACUGUCAGUAGAGUCCUCCUCUCCUCCAGGGCCUCUGACUAACUGUCAGUAGAGUCCUCCUCUUGGCCAGGGCCUCUGACUAACUGCAGAGAGCCUCCUCUUGGCCCACGCGACUCUGACUAACUGUCAGUAGAGUCCUCCUCUCCUCCAGGGGCCUCGAACUACUGUCCGUAGCCCUCCUACCUCCAGGGCUCUGACUAACUGUCAGUAGGUUCCUAUCCUCCAGGCCUCUGAAUAACUCGUCAGUAGAGUCCUCCUCUGACAGGACCUCUGACUAAGGUCAGUAGAGUCCUCCGCUCCUCCAGGGCUCAUGGACUAACUGUCAGUAGAUCCUCUCUCCGUACAGGGCCUCUGACUAACCGUAAGAGAGUCCUCCUCUAGAACAGGAAACUCUGAUAACUGGUCAGUAGAGUCCUCCUCUCCUCCAGGGCUAUGACUAACCGUCAGUAGAGUCAAUCUCCUCCAGGGCCUCUGAUACUGUCAGUAGAAGUAAAUCAUCUCUCCAGGGCCUCUGGGAGAUAAUGUCAGUAGACGUAGAGUCCUCCUCUCCUCCAGGGACCUCCUGAUCUAAACUGUCAGUAGAGUCAAUCCUCUCCUUACCAGGGCUGCUGACUAAAUUUCAGUAGAGUCCUCCUUCUCCUCCAGGCCUAUGGACUAACUGUCAGUAGAGUCUAUCUUGGGCCAGGAUUUUGUAAAACUGUCAGUAGAGUCUCCUCUCCUCCAGGGCCUCUGACUAACUCUCAGUAGAGUCCUCCUCUCCUCAGGGCCUCUGACUAACUGUCAGUAGUAGAGUCCUCCUCUCCUCCAGGGCCUCUGACUAACUGUCAGUAGAGUCCUCCUCUUGGCCAGGGCCUCUGACUAACUGUCAGUAGAGUCCUCCUCUCCUCCAGGGCCUCUGACUAACUGUCAGUAGAGUCCUCCUCUCUCAGGGCUCUGAUAAAGUCGUAGAGUCCUCUGCCUCCAGGCCUUAGAAUAAAUGUCAGUAGAGCCCCUCUGACCGGGCCCGACUACUGUCAGUAGAGUCCUCCUCUCCUCCCGGACCUCUGACUAAACUUGUCAGUAGAGUCCUUCCUAUCUUCCAGGGCCUCUGACUAAACUGUCAGUAGAUCCUCCUCUCUCCAGAGGGCCUCUGACUAAUGUCAGUAGAGUAUCCUCUCCUCAUGGCCUUGGACUAACUGUCAGUAGAGUCCACCUCUCUCCAGGGCCUAUGACUAACGUCAGUAGAGUCCUCCUCUUAUUGGCAAGGGGGGGACCUCUGGAUAACAUCGUUAGAGUCCCUCUCCUCCGGGCCUCUGACUAACUGUCAGUAGAGUCCUCCUCUCCUCCAGGGCCUGACUAACUGGCCAGUAAGGGUCCUCUCUUGGCAGGCUCUGACUAACGUCCGUAUAGCCUCCUCUGGCCAGGGGCCUCUGAUAAUGCAGUAGAGGCCUCCUCUCCUCAGGGACUAUGACUAAAACUGUCAGUAAGAGUCCUCCUAUCCUCCAGGGGGCCGCUCUGACUAACUUCCAGUAGGAGUCCUCUCUCCAGGGCCUCGACUAACUGUCAGUAGAGCCUCCUCUCGAUCGAGGGACCUCGACUAACUGUCAGUAGAGUCCUCCUCUCCGCAGGGCCUCUGCUAAAUGUCAGUAGAGGGCCUCCUAUCAUCCAGGCACUCUCCCGGAUACUGUCAGAGAGUCUCCUCUGGCCAGGGCCUCUGACUAAACUGGUCAGUAGAGUACCUCUCUCUCCAGGGCCUAUGACUAAAUGUCAGUAGAGUCCUCAUUCCUCCCAGGGCCUAUGACUAACUGUCAGUAGAGUCCUCUCCCUCCAUGGCUCUGACUAACUGUUCCGUAGAGUGCCUCCUCUCGACCAGGACCUUGACUAAUUGUGUAGGUCCUACUCGACCUCAAGGGCCCUGACAUACUGUCAGUAGAGUGCCUCCUCUCCUCCAGGGCCUCUGACUAACUUCAGAGAGUUCCUCUCUCAGCCAGGGGGGCCCAGACUACUGUGUCAGUAGAGGCCUCCUCUCCCCAGGGCCUCUGAGAAACUUGUCAGUAGGUCCUCUCCUCCAGGCUUGACGAACUGUCAGUAGAUUCUCCUCUCGACAGGACAUAUGAAUAACUGUUCGUAAGUCCUCCUCUUCACUCAGGGCCUCUUCUGACUAACUGUAAGUAGAGUCCAGCUCUCCUCCAGGGCUCUGACUAAACGGUCGUAGAGUCCUCUCUCCUCCAGGGCGUCGACUAAAUGUCAGUAGAGUCUCUCCUAGUGGCCAGGGCCUGGGACUAAUGUCAGUAGAGUAAUCCCUGCUCCUCCAGGCCCUGACAACUGUAGUAGAGUCAUCCUAUAGGCCUUGAAAAACUGUCAGUAGAGUCCUACUCCUGACUAGGGCCUAUGACUAACUGUACAGUAGAGGUACAUCUCUCCUCCAGGCCGUCUGACUAACUGCAGUAGAGUCCUACUCUUGGCCAGGACUCUGGACUACUGUCAGUUAGAGUCCUCUAUCCUCCAGGACCUGGAAUAAAUUCAGGAGAGUCUCCUCUCUCCAGGGGCCUCUGUACUGAUCAGUAGAGUAAUACUCUCCUCCAGGGGCCUUAUGACUAAAUGGCAGUAGUCGAGUCCUCCUCUCCUCCCAGGGCCUUGACUAAAUGUUCAGUAGAGUACUCCUCUCCUCCCAGGCGCUCUGACUAACUGUCAGUAGAUCUCCUUCCUACAGGGCCUCGACUAAGCAGGUAGAGUCCUACUAUCCUCCAGGGCCGCUGAAUAAUGUCAGUAGAUCCUUCCUCUUCCUCCAGGGCUUUGAACUAAACUGUCAGCUAGAAGUCCUUACCUCUCACUCCAGGGCUCUAGACUAACUGUCGAGUAGGAGUCCUCCUCUCCCUCCAGGGCUCUGACUAACUGUAGUAGGAGUCAUCCUCCCUCAGGUCCUCUGACUACUGGCAGUGAGUCCCCUCUUGGGCCAGGGCCUUGACUAACUGUCAGUAGAUGUCCUCCUCUCCUCAAGGCCUUGACUAACUGCAGUAGAGUCCUCUCUCCGCCAGGGGCCUCUGACUAACUGGCAGUAGAGUCCUCAUCGUCCUCAGGGCCUGUGAUAAACUGUCAGUAGAGUCCUCCUCUCCCCAGGGACUAUGACUAACUGUCCGUAGGAGUCCUCUCUUGGCCAUGGGCCUCUGACUAAGUCAGUAGAGUCCUCCGAUCCUCCAGGGGCCUCGACUAAAUGUUCAGUAGAAGUCGUAUCCUCUCCUCCCCAGGGACUCUGAAUAACUGUUCAUAGAGUCCUCCUCUCCUCAGGGCCUCUGACAACUGUCAGUAGAGUCGCUCCUACCUCCAAGGGCCCGUGACGAACUGGUCCAGUAGAGUUUCCUCCUCUCCCAAGGGCUUGGACUAACUGUCAGUAGAGUACUCUCUCCUAAGGGCCGAUGGACUAACUGUCAGUAGAGUCCCAAUCUCUCCAGGGGCCUGCACUAACUGUCAGUAGAGUCCUCCUCUCCUCCAGGGCCUCUGACUAACUGUCAGUAGAGUCCUCCUCUCCUCCAGGGCCUCUGACUAACUGUCAGUAGAGUCCUCCUCUCCUCCAGGGCCUCUGACUAACUGUCAGUAGAGUCCUCCUCUCGGCCAGGUCCUCUGACUAACUGUCAGUAGAGAAUACAGUCUUUGGAUCCUGUUCACUUGCUGUCUGAUCAAGAAUGAAAUGCAAACAGACAAUCUGACAGACCAUACAUCAUUUCCAUAAUAAUUUCACUAAUUAUUCGCAGUAUGUAGUGAUGGUCUAUUCAUGGUUUCCUUAUCUGACAGAUGGAGCAGAUAAGAAGUGAGCUGCUGCAGGAGAGAGCAGUCAGACAGGACCUGGAGUGUGACAAGAUCACCUUGGAGAGACAGGUAGGUUUUAACCUCUGUGACAUCACCAAAUCUCUCUACAGUUGAUGGUUGAACCUCCCAUAGAGGACCCCAUUGUCCGGCCCUACGAUACCAGUAUGUCCUUGCCUCCACCCGGAUGUUCUCUACAGAAUAAAGACUGCAGAGCGGGUAGGUGUCUCAUCUAGAGGGCACCCAGAAGUCCAACCAAGAUGUUGUUGGUCUCCCGACUGGAGGGAAAGGGUAAGCCAGGAUGCUGGAGGGGGAGACUGGCAGGGAGAGGAGAGGUGAUGGUGAGGAUGGUGCAGGGAGGAGGAGAGAUGGUGAGGCGGAGGAAGAGGAGAGGUGAGGGCUGCAGGGAGAGAGGAGAGGUGAGGCGGAGGGAGAGGAGAGGUGAGGCUUGGAGGGAGAGGAGAGGUGAGGCUGGAGGAAGGGGAGCAGGGAGAGGUGAGGAUGUGGAGGCUUGAGCUAGAGGAGGAUCUCAGAGGUGAGGCUCCGGUAGGGAGAGGAGAGGUGAGGGCUGGAGGCAGAGGACAGAGGACGAGGUGUUGAGGCUGGAAGGCAACGAGGAUGAGGUGAGGCUGUGAGGGAGAGGAGAGGUGAGGAUGGCGGGAGAGGAGAGGUAUGAGGCUGCAGGGGGAGAGAGGAGGAGGGAGACUGGAGGAGAGGAGACGGUGAGGUGAGGCUUGCAGGGAGGAGGAAGAGGUGAGGCUGGAGGUGGAGAGGAGAGGUGAGGCGGAGGCAGAGGAGAGGUGAGGCUGGAGGGAGAGGGAGGUGAGGCCUGGAAAGGGAGAGGAGAGGGUGAGGCGGGAGGGAGGGAGAGGCUGAGGCUGGAGGGAGGGGAGAGAGGAGGAUGGCUGCAGGGAGAGGAGAGGGUAGGUGGAGGGAGAGGAGAGAGAGAUGAGGGCAGGAAGGAGAGGUGACCAGGCGCAGGGAGAGGAGAGGUGAGGGCUGUGGAGGGAGAGGAGAGGGUGAGGCGGUGAUGCUGGAGGCAGAGAGGAGAGGUGAGGUGGAGGGAGAGGGAGAGGUGAUGGGCUGAGGCAGAGGAGAGGUGAGGAGGAGGGAGAGGAGAGGUGCUGGCUGGAGGGCGAGGGAGAGAGAGAUGAGGCUUGCAGGGCAGAGGAGAGGUGUGGGCUGGGGCAGAGGAGAGGUGAGGCUGGAGGGAGAGGAGAGGUGAGGCUGGAGGGAGAGGAGAGGUGAGGCUGGAGGGAGAGGAGAGGUGAGGCUGGAGGGAGAGGAGAGGUGAGGCUGGAGGGAGAGGUGAGAUGAGGCUGGAGGAGAGGAGUGAGGUGAGGCUUGCAGGGAGGAGGAGAGUAGAGAGGUGGAGGUGGAGAGGGAUGAGACGGUGAGGUGGAGGGGAGAAGAGGACGGGUGAGGCUGGAGGGAGAGGAGAGGUUGAGGCUGAAGGGAAGAGGUGAUGAGAGGAGGUGGAGGGGAGAGGAGAGGUGAGGCUGGAGGGAGAGGAGAGUGGAGUCUGGAGGGAGAGGAGAGGUGAGGCUGGAGGCAUAGGAGAUGAGGCUGCAGGGAGAAGAGAGAGGUGGAGGGGAGAAGGAGAGGUGAGGCUGAGGGAGAGGAGAGGUGAGGAGGUGGAGGGAGAGGAGAGGUGAGUUGGAGGGAGAGGCAGAAGAUGAGGAUGGAAGGGAGAGGAGAGGUGGGCGAUGGAUGAAGGGAGAGCGAGAUGAGAGGGUGGGAGGGGGAGAGGAGAGCGUUUUUUCUUCACUGUGUUGGGAGGAGGGAAGGAGAGCGAGAGGUGAGGAUGGAGGUGAUGGAGCGGACGAGGAGACUGCGAGGUGGACGGUCGGAGAGCGAGAUGAGAGCGUGAGGUGGGGGGGAGCAGGAGAGGUGGUGAGAGGACUGAGGUGAUGGCCUGAAGUGGGUAAGAGGAGAGGAGAGGGGUUGGGAGGGAGAGAAGAGUAGGAGGAGGAGAUUGAGGAGGAGGUGAGGUGGAGGGUGAGGGGAGAGGAGGAGCGGAGAGGUUUGAGGAUGGAGGGAGAGGGAGGUGAGGCGUGAGGGGGGAGAGGAGAUGAGGCUGGAGGGAGAGGAGAGGUGAGGCUGCAGGGAGAGGAGAUGAGAGGUGAGGGAGAGGAGGAGGUGAGGCUGGAGGGAGAGGAGAGGGAGGCUGGAGGGAGAGGAGGAGGUGGAGUCUGGAGGGAGAGGAGAGGUGAGUCUGGCGGAGAGGGAUGAGGCUGCAGGGAGCGGAGAUUGGAGGUGGAGGGGAAGAGGAGAGCGUUGAGUGAUGGAGGGAGGAGAGGAGAGGGUGAGGCUGGAGGAGAGGAGAGGUGAGGACCGCAGGAGAGGAGAACAGAAGGUGAGGCUGGAGGCUGGAGGUAGGAGGGACAGAGGAUAUAGUUUGAAGCUGCAGGGGGAGGAAGAGGUGAUGGCUGGAGGGAGAGGAGGAGAUUAGGCUGGAGGAAGGAGAGGUGAGGCUGGAGGGAGAGGAGAGGUGAAGGCUUGAGGGAGAGGAGAUGAGAGGUGGAGGGGAGAGGAGAUGAGAGGUGAGGUGGAGGGGAGAGGAGAGGUGUAGGGGAUGCUGGAGGGAGAAGAGAGGUGAGGCUGGAGGGAGAAAAUAGGUGUGGGGUGGAGGGAGAGGAGAGGUGAGGCUGCAGGGAGAGGAUAUGAAAGGUGGAGGGGAGAGGAGAUGAGAGGUGAGGUUUAGGAUAGAGGAGAGGUGAAGUGGAGGGGAGAGGAGAGGUGUAGGGGAAGCUGGAGGGAGAAGAGAUGGUGCGCUGGAGGGGCGGUGGAGGGGGGAACGGAAAGGUGAGGUGGAGCGGGGCUGAAGGGAGAGGCAGAGCUGAGGCUGCAGUGCGGGAGAGGUGGAGGUAGGAGGGGAGAGAGAUGAGAGAUGGAGGGAGGGGUGAGCGAGGCUGCAGGCUGCAGGGGAGAGGCAGAAAGGUGGCGGGGGGAGGGGACAGAGGUGAGGUGUGAGGUGGAGAUGAGAGGGGAAAGGAGAGGAGAGGAUGAGGUGGAGGGGAGGUGGAGAGAGAGGAGAGGGGAGGUGGAAGGGGAGAGGAGAGAGGAGGAGAUGAGCGGGUGGAGGGCGAGUGAGGGUGUCAGGGGAGAGGGUGAGGUGGAGGGAGAGGGAGGUGGAGGGGGAGAGGAGAUGAGAGGUGGAGGGGAGGAGGAGAGGGAGAUGAGAGGUGGAGGGGAGAGGUGUGAGGUGGAGGGGAGAGGAGUGAGGGGAGGGGAGAGGAGAGGUGAGAUUGAGGUGAGAUGGAGGGGAGAGGUGGAAAGGAGAGGUGAAGUGGAGGGGAGGCUGGAGAGAGAGGAGAGGUGCGGUUGAGUGGAGAGGAGAGGAGAGAUGGAGGGGAACUGGAGAGUUGAGGUGGAGCGGGGGCUGCAGGGAGAGGAGAGCUGAGGCUGGCAGGGAGAGGGAGACGUUGUAGGGAGGUGCAGGGAGGAGAAGUGGAAGGUUGAGGAGAUGAGAGGUGAGGUGAAGGGGAGAGAUGAGGUGAGGUGGAGGGGAGAUGAGAGGGGGAGAGAAGGGGUGGAUGGGAGAGGAGAUGAGAGGUGAGGUGGAGGGGAGACUGGAGAGAGAGGAGAGGUGUUAAAUAUACUGAAGUGAUCCCGCCGUUGAUAAGCACUAUUCCUCAUUCCCCCAAGGGAGCUAUCUUUCUUGGCGCAGUUGUUAGCGUGCUCAACCCUGGGCCUGGACUACAAUUUAGCUAGUUCGAUUCUUCCCUUGGUUUAUUACAAUGCUGUGGUUCAAAUACAUCACCGCCAGUACAGCAAUGACAAGGCAUCUACGGUACAAGAGUUUAAUGUUUAGAUGGUGUUAAAGGCUAUAAUCAUGAGUGUCUGACAGGGAUGAAUGUUUAGUUGGUGUUGAGGGCUAUGAUCAUGAGUGUUUGACAGGAUUGAAUGUUUAGUUGGUGUUGAGGGCUAUGAUCAUGAGUGUCUGACAAGGUUGAAUGUUUAGUUGGUGUUGAGGGCUAUGAUCAUGAGUGUCUGACAAGGUUGAAUGUUUAGAUGGUGUUGAGGACUAUGAUCAUGAGUGUCUGACAAGGUUGAAUGUUUAGUUGGUGUUGAGGGCUAUGAUCAUGAGUGUCUUACAGGGUUUCAUAUUUUCUUCUCAGAGACAACAUCAACCUGCAACAAGCCAACAGGAAACUAGAGAGAAAAGUGAAGGAGAUGAUGAUGCAAGUGGAUGAUGAACACAUAUCUAUGCAGAACCAGAAAGACCAGGUAAAGUGGAUGAUGAACACAUAUCUAUGCAGAACCAGAAACACCAGUGUUGCGUUCCCCAGCAAGAAAACCAAAAAUGUCUCUCAAACAGAAGGGGGAACUAACAAAGAGUCACUGACAACGACCAAAACUGAGCAGGUGGGGUUCUAGAAGGGGUUCUGAAAGACACUCAUGGGGGUGUCCACUGGAAGUUGACUAGCCACAACAACUGGAACCUAAAAGACACCCACCAUGAGCGCCCACUAAUCUUCCCAAGAAGAGGCAGACAAAAGAAAAACCCCAAACUUAAAGACAGGAAGCAAUUUUUUUUUUUGUAUUAUAUAAAAUAGGGAGAGAGAACUAAAGAUGUUGACCCUCCACAUCUACCAAGACAACUAAAGAUGUUAACCCUCCACAUCUCUCAAGACAACUAAAUAUAUUAACCCUCCACAUCUACCAAGACAACUAAGGAUGUUAACCCUCCACAUCUAACAAGACAACUAAAGAUGUUAACCCUCCACAUCUACCAAGACAACUAAAGAUGUUAACCCUCCACAUCUACCAAGACAACUAAAGAUGUUAACCCUCCACAUCUACCAAGACAACUAAAGAUGUUAAACCUCCACAUCUAUCAAGAAACCUAAAGAUGUUAAACCUCCACAUCUAUCAAGAAACCUAAAGAUGUUGACCCUCCACGUCUAUCAAGACAACUAAAGAUGUUGACCCUCCAUGUCUAUCAAGACAACUAAAGAUGUUGACCCUCCACAUAUAUCAAGACAACUAAAGGUGUUAACCCUCCAUGUCUCUCAAGACAACUAAAGAUGUUGACCCUCCACGUCUAUCAAGACAACUAAAGAUGUUGACCCUCCAUGUCUAUCAAGACAACUAAAGAUGUUGACCCUCCACAUAUAUCAAGACAACUAAAGGUGUUAACCCUCCAUGUCUAUCAAGACAACUAAAGAUGUUGACCCUCUACAUCUCUCAAGACAACUAAAGAUGUUGACCCUCCACGUCUAUCAAGACAACUAAAGAUGUUGACCCUCCACAUCUCUCAAGACAACUAAAGAUGUUGACCCUCCAUGUCUAUCAAGACAACUAAAGAUGUUGACCCUCUACAUCUCUCAAGACAACUAAAGAUGUUGACCCUCCACGUCUAUCAAGACAACUAAAGAUGUUGACCCUCCACAUCUCUCAAGACAACUAAAGAUGUUGACCCUCCACGUCUAUCAAGACAACUAAAGAUGUUGACCCUCCACGUCUACCAAGACAACUAAAGAUGUUGACCCUCCACAUCUAUCAAGACAACUAAAGAUGUUGACCCUCCACGUCUCUCAAGACAACUAAAGAUGUUGACCCUCCAUGUCUCUCAAGACAACUAAAGAUGUUGACCCUCCACAUCUCUCAAGAAAACUAAAGAUGUUGACCCUCCACGUCUAUCAAGACAACUAAAGAUGUUGACCCUCCAUGUCUACCAAGACAACUAAAGAUGUUGACCCUCCACGUCUAUCAAGACAACUAAAGAUGUUGACCCUCCACAUCUCUCAAGACAACUAAAGAUGUUGACCCUCCACGUCUAUCAAGACAACUAAAGAUGUUGACCCUCCACAUCUCUCAAGACAACUAAAGAUGUUGACCCUCCACGUCUAUCAAGACAACUAAAGAUGUUGACCCUCCACGUCUAUCAAGACAACUAAAGAUGUUGACCCUCCAUGUCUCUCAAGACAACUGGAGCACUGGGCCAGCCACUCUUAAAUAGCACCUGGGCCAGCACAGGUGAAACACCUUCUGACUAACGAGAAGACAUGCCAGCACAGGUGUAACACACACUGACUAAUGAGGUGACACCAAUCGGUGCACCCAACGUGCUAACGUGCUAACGUCGAACCUCAAAAUAUAAAUGGAAAAACCAAAGCCUGUAACACCAGGUAAAGUGUAACACCUACAGUCAAUUAAAAAUAGUAGCUUUAACAGUGUCGUAAUAAAAUUACAAAUGUUUUAAGAUGUCAUGACAUCUUAUGUCUCUGGACGUCAAGUGGCCAAUUCAAAUAAAGUGUUACCAGAGUUACAGGAAGACACAGGUGAGUCAAAGUAAUUCACAUCCUUUGAGGACUUUCAUGAACAUCCUACCUACGUACACGUCUUAUAGCUGACCCAGAAGCUGAAGACAGACAGGUACUAAACGGCUAGCUAGUUAGAAGUGCGCGCUAGUAGCAUUUCAAUCGGUGACGUCACCCGCUCUGAGACCUUGAAGUAGUUGUUUCCCUUUGCUCCACAAGGACCGCGGCUUUUGUGGAGCGAUAGGUAACAAUGCUUCAUGGGUGACAGUUGUCGAUGUGUUCAGAGGGUCUCUGGUUCGAGGACAGGUUGGUGUAACACUGGUAAACACAUCAUAGUUAAAACUAUGUACUGUAACCGAGUGGCACAGUGGUCUAAGGCACUGCAUCGCAGUGCUAGCUGUGCCACUAGAGAUCCUGGUCCGAAUCCAGGCACUGUCGUAGCCGGCCUCGACCGGGAGACCCAUGGGGCGGCGCACAAUUGGCCCAGCGUCAUCCAGGGUAGGGGAGGGAAUGGCCGGCAGGGAUGUAGCUCAGUUGGUAGAGCAUGGCGUUUGCAACGCCAGGGUUGUGGGUUCGAUUCCCACGGGGGGGGGGGGAAAUAUGAAAAAUAAAAAUAAUGUAUGCACUCACUAACUGUAAGUCGCUCUGGAUAAGAACGUCUGCUAAAUGACUAAAAUGUAAAUGUAAUGUAACCCCCCUCUCCUCUCUUAGCUGAACCAGAGGCUGAAGACAGCGAAGAGACAGAUGGACGGGGCUGAGGAGGAGAUAGAGCGUCUGGAAAACUCUAAGAGGAAGUUACAGAGAGAUCUGGAUGAACAGCUGGAGACUAACGACCAGAUACUGAGUCAGCUCAACGCCCUGCGCUCAGAGAUGAGGUGAGUUAAAUGCAACAGUGUGUGGGGUAAUGUAUCUUUCAUUUAUGACUAGUUUUUUGUACCCUGCAUUACUGUCGUUUUUAUAAUGCUUCUCCUGAAAUGUGCUUUUUUUUCCCCAGGCGUAAGCAACAGAAAUCAGCGCCGCUCCUGAUGAUGGAGAAGGAUGAUGAUGCUGUCUUUGAAGAUGACGUCAACUCUGAC